CGGCGGCGCGGCGCGGCCUCCCGGCCGGCAUGAGGGGCUGCGGGCUGCGGCCGCCGAGCCCGGCCCCGGCCCCGCGGAGGGGCUGCGGGCCGCGGCCGCCCUGCCCGGCCCCGGCGCUGCUCUGCGGGCUGCUGGCGGCCGUGGCGGCCGUGGCCGAGGGCGGCCGAGCGCUCCCGCAGCUCAGCGACGACAUCCCGUUCAGGGUGAACUGGCCCGGCACCGAGCUCAGCCUGCCGACCACUGGUGUCUUGUACAAGGAGGACAAUUACAUCAUCAUGACCACUGUGGAUAAAGAGAAGUACAAGUGUCUCCUGCCACUGAUAGCCAGCGGCAACGAGGAAGAAGAGAAGGACUAUAAGGGUCCUACUCCAGGGGAGCUGCUGGAGCCUCUCUUUAAGCAAAGCAGCUGUUCCUAUAGAAUUGAAUCUUACUGGACUUAUGAGGUGUGCCAUGGGAAACACAUCCGUCAGUACCAUGAGGAGAAGGAAACAGGGCAGAAAAUAAACAUCCAAGAAUACUACCUGGGGAAUAUGAUAAUGAAGAACCCGUUGUCAGAACCAGAUCAAGAAGAGAAGGAAAGUUCCAAAGACGGUGCAAAAGAGAUCCCCACAAAGAACAUUGAAGGGCAGAUGACACCCUACUACCCCGUGGAGCUGGGCAAUGGCACUCCCUGCAGCCUGAGGCAGAACCUGCCCAGGUCCAGCACAGUGAUGUACAUCUGCCACCCCGAGGCCAAGCACGAGAUCCUCUCCGUGGCUGAGGUCACCACCUGCGAGUACGAGGUGGUGAUCCUGACCCCACUGCUGUGCAGCCACCCCAAGUACAGGUACAGAGCCCUCAGGGACCCCAAACACAGGCACAGAGCCCUCAGGGACCCCAGACACAGGUACAGAGCCCACAGGGACCCCAGACACAGGUACAGAGCCCUCAGGGACCCCAGACACAGGUACAGAGCCCUCAGGGACCCCAGACACAGGUACAGAGCCCUCAGGGACCCCAGACACAGGUACAGAGCCCACAGGGACCCCAGACACAGGUACAGAGCCCUCAGGGACCCCAGACACAGGUACAGAGCCCUCAGCCACCCCAAGUACAGGCACAGAGCCCUCAGGGACCCCAGACACAGGCACAGAGCCCACAGGGACCCCAGACACAGGUACAGAGCCCACAGGGACCCCAGACACAGGUACAGAGCCCACAGGCACCCCAAAUACAGGCACAGAGCCCUCAGGGACCCCAGACACAGGUACAGAGCCCUCAGCCACCCCAAGUACAGGUUCAGGGCUUCCCCUGUCAAUGACAUCUUCUGCCAGUCCCUGCCAGGAUCCCCACUGAAACCCCACAACCUGCAACAGCUGGAGAAACAGCAGGAAAUGCUCAAGAUGCCUUUUAGGAGGGUUAAGGAGGAAGAAAUGCCUUCAACAAAAGAAGAGAAAUUCUCUUCCAUCCACAAGCCUGUAGCUGUUGGGAGCCACCAGCUGUUAACAGUGGGGACAACCCACAUCUCCAAACUGACUGAUGAGCAGCUCAUCAAGGAAUUCCUCAGUGGCUCCUACUGCUUCCAUGGGGGUGUUGGCUGGUGGAAAUAUGAAUUCUGCUAUGGCAAAUAUGUCCACCAGUACCAUGAGGAUAAGGAGAGUGGCAAGACCUCGGUGGUGGUGGGCACGUGGAGCAAGGAGGAGCACAUGGAGUGGUCGAGGAAGAAUGCAGCCAGGACCUUCUACCUGAGAGAGGAUGGCACCCAGACAGUCAGGUACAGGAUGGUGUCUCAUUUCUAUGGAAAUGGAGAUGUUUGUGACUUGACAGACAAGCCAAGGCAGGUGACUGUGAAAUUGAAAUGUAAAGAAUCAGACUCCCCUCAUGCUGUGACCAUUUACAUGUUGGAGCCUCAUUCUUGCCAGUACAUCCUUGGGGUGGAGUCUCCAGUCAUCUGCAAAAUCCUGGACACAGCAGAUGAAUACGGGCUCCUCUCGGUGCCCAGCUGAGGACAGCCAAGCCCCCAAAUUCCUGGCAUUCCCAUGGGAACAGUGUCUGAGCUGGCAGAGGCCUCACCAGCACAGCUCUCCAAGCUGAGGGACUCGUGAACCACUUUGUGUAUAACUAUGUGUAUAUAAGAGCUUAUUGAUAAACUUUUAAUGAUUAAAACCUUGUCUUGCA